AUGCCCCGUAUUAAUCCACGCACCAGGACGGGCUGUCUCCCCUGUCGUCGGCGGAAAAAGAAAUGCGACGAGGAGAAACUGCAAUACCUAGCAUGCACGCGUAACAAGCUGCAAUACGCCUGGCCUCCCCACAUAGUCCACAUAUUUGGCCUUGACGCUGAACAGACACGGGAUUCUGACGAUUUGCAUGGUCGCAAGGGACUUGGAAAUCCAAUAGACGCCCAAUCAAAUAACUCACUUCCAAUACCGUCUACUGCUACGGCUACCAAGGAUCCCAUUGUAACACCAGAAGGUGCAGAACAGACGAGCGAGAGAGAAAAUGGCGUUGUAUCAUGGUCUUUGGAGCCCAAGAGUGUUUUAAGCACUGUACAGGCUGGAAUGCUACUGCCAGAGUCUCCAUUGCUCAUGUCGCACUAUCUGGAAGAUACAGCGCCCAAAUUGGCACCAGCACCGGGCAUACCCUGGGUAUCGUGGAUAUUACCUGUCGCCUAUAAUGACGAUCUCCUGAUGAACGUUAUUCUCGCUUUAAGCGGUGGUCGUCUUCUGUAUAAGUUGCCCAACAACCAGGAAAUCCACCAUGCCAGUCACCGGCAUUAUUCAUCCGCCGUACAGACCCUCUACGAGGCGUUUAACGAUCAAAGAAUGCUAUCCAAACCUUUGACUCUGCUUCGAGUGGCAUUGACUAUAUUGAUUCUCGUUGUGUCCGGAAAUAUGGACGGAUCUCCAUCCAUCCACCUCCGGGCCCUUCGCCAGCUGAUCUUAAAUUUGCGGAGUAAACCCCGUCAAAGUAUGUCAGCGGCCGAGCAGAAAUUAUACGGAUUCGUGAUGGAGCUCUAUUCGUACAUCGUCCUGUGCAACAGCAUCACUCGAUUUGACAUGAAUUGCAACAGAACUGUUACUUAUGACUCCUUUUUACAAACAUUUGACGACUUACAAGAUUUGGGCGCCUUCGGCGUUAUGUUCAGCGGCGGUCAUCACCUCUUCGAACUCAUAUCCUCGGUAUCUCUGUUUGCAGCUCAAGACCCAAAUAUAGACCGUCAUGAGGAAUACAGAUAUCUCAAGGCUAGAAUCGACGUCUUGGAACCUCCACUCCCCAAAGAGCCCGAUACUCAUUUACGCCCCGGGUGCGGAGCAACCCUGGAGCACCUACAACCCCUGCUUGACGUGGCAGUACUAAACCUGCCUCGGAUUCUGCCGUCCAAUUACUCGUGCAUCCUGAUGUGGCCCAUUAUGAUUAUUGGCUCGUUAUGGGAUGAAGAACACAGCUCAAGCAGCCGCAAAGUGAUCGUAUCCAUUCCGACCAGCCUGUACCACAAUAUCACAUUCAACCCGCCCUUGCCGGAGAAGAAAGUCAUCUUAAGCGAAAACACUACGACUGGCUAUUAUUCAAAGAUGAUCUACGUUUUUGACGAACCAUGGUGGCAUAAGGCCGGUUUCUCGGGCGUGUUAGACUCUGAGAAGGGCCCCAUUCUCUUCUCCCGCGAUACAAGCAUUUCUCAGGACAAUCAGUGGUCCAUCACUUGUUUUCUUGUCGGAGAUAAAGGGCGAAACUGGUCCAAGCUACCCCAAGCAUCCCGCCACCGACAAGCCUGGGAGCAGUUCAGUCAGAGCUUUGGAAAAUUGACCGAGGUCCCUCGACCCGCCAACACUCUGGAAAUGGAGUGGACCAAGGAGGCCUUUUUUCUGGAGUCUUCUCGCGAGUGGCGUGGCUAUAUGGAAGGAGCUAUUAACUCUGGCCUCCAAGGAGGGGCUGAAGUGGUGAAGGGAUUGGAGGAUACUGCGAGUCGUCUUUGA